AUGGAGAUCUUGAAGAUUCUCAUCUUAAUCACAUCGAUGUGUACCGUCAAUGUUAUUGCCUCCACGUUACGAUCUCGUGUUUCUACUGAAGAGGACAAAAUAGUGGUUGAAAAUUUAUCACAAUACAAUAAUUUUCUAAAAGAUGUCUUUGAAAAUUUACAAAAUUCCAACGAUAACAACGCUUAUUGGCUUUAUACGAGGCAGAAUCCAAUCACACCACAAAUUAUUGUGAGCGGAGAUGCCAUAUCAUUAUGGACGUCAAAUUAUGAUAGUAACAAGCCUCUUAAAGUUAUAGCUCAUGGGUGGGGCCGAGAUGGCAAUGCUCCCGUGAACACUAUGAUCACAUCAGCAUUUCUAGAUGUAUUUGACGUUAAUGUAAUUGUUGUUGACUGGAGGGCCGAUGCUAGUGGUGAUUACGUUAGUGCUUCUGUAAGAGUACCAGCGGCAGGCAGGUUUCUUGGAAACUUCUUGCAAUGGCUGAUUCGUACCGGUGGUGGAAAUUGGGAUACUGUUCACCUUAUCGGUUAUAGUCUUGGAGCUCAUUUAGUAGGCAAUGCUGGGCGGGAAGUAGGAGGUCGACCGAUUAGGGUUACUGGACUCGACCCUGCUGGUCCAUUUUGGAGCAAUCCGUUUGCAUUAAACAGGAGUUCUGGCCAAUAUGUUGAAGCAAUUCACACAAACAUACUUGCUCGGGGUAUUACAGAACCCAUAGCCCAUGUUGACUUUUACUCUAAUGGGGGUCAAACGCAGCCAGGUUGUGACACGAAUCAAUGCUCGCACUCUCGUUCAUAUCAAUUAUUUGCUUCGAGUAUUCGAACAAAUCACUUAACCGGUAGAGAAUGCACAGAUCUCUGGCAAGCUAUCAUAAACCAAUGUAAUGGUAGGACUUUUAAUAUGGGUAAUGGAAUUUUAAGUAAAAAAGGAAAUGGUAUCUACACUGUAGCCACGGGAAGUAGCUGGCCCUUUUAA